AAGUGAAAAUUAACAUCAAAAAUAAACUGUUCCGCACUCGUGUUUUUUGAUAAAUAUUUAUUUGUAUAUUGCGUAGAUUGUUGAUACGUUUAUGUAAAGGUAAAUUUAAUGAAGUGAAGUGAUGUUGAUAAGUCGAGUGCCCGAUGAGGGUGCGGGGCGGGGCGAGCCAGCGGAGAUAACUCGUAACUGCCAGACGGCCAGCCAGCUGUUUGAGCUGAUGACCAAGGACCAUGACUUUGAAGCAGGAGAUGAUCCGCUCACAACUAGCGACCUCGUGCUGCUUUACAAGAACAUCGACUUAGGGACCCAGCUCAUGUCCAACGUACGCGAGAGACCCAACCAGUACGUGGAGAACGUGUACCACGACGACACCGAGACCGACUCUGACCUCGGCGAGAGCUGCAGCAGCGAGGAGCUCCGCAACAUCAUGCUCGCAAACAAGGAGAGGAUCGACUUGUUUACCACUCCCCCCUCCCUCAACUCCCUCUGCCACAAACUCGGCGAUUUAGAAAUACAAGUCUCCAAUAUCUCCAACGAUUUAUACCACGACCGCCACUUUCUAAACAGAGAUUCACACAUAAAAGAACAACUUCAGAACCUACAGCUAAUGUCCAAAGCGAAUGAAUUUAAUACCCUGCUCCCGGCUUCGUUGCUCGACUAUAUCUGCUGCAAGCGUUUGGAAGACAAUUACAACUUCUAUAUGGAUGAUAUUAUUACAUACGUUAAGCAUACUAUCGAUCAAUUGAAACGCAUUAGCAACGGGGAUUAUUUGCCGGAAAAAGUAAAGAAAAAAUGGAGGGAAUCGGACUCGAAAAGCAUUGAGAAUACGUCGAAAAUUCUGACGACAUCUAUCAGCAUGCCCCUGCAGGUGAAGCAGAAGACAACCGGGAUGACGCCGGUCUGGGAUGAAAUCGUCCAUACGGAGAUGGACUUGCGGUCGCUCGUCAAGAUAAUGGAAAAGAAAAUCGUUCUGGAAGUUCCGAGGAUGAUCAGCGACUCGUAUAAAUUUUUCAGCAGAUAUAGCGCUGACAAAUUAGUGAUGAGCUGCUCGCGGCGUCGAAGCGAAGGCGAGAGGGCGAAAACAAAGUCGCGUGUAGACGUUGUCUUGAGUGUGCAGCGCGCCGCAGCCGGCCAGCUUGUUAGUAACAUCCAUUCCAUCAUGGUACUGCAACCCGAGCGCCAGACUGCUCUAAAAGAUUGCACUGAGAUAAUGCCUUUAGAAUAUCAGAAUCCAGAGCACGCUGAUGAGUUAAUACCGAAAGUCAUCGAGCUGCCCGAAAUGGAACAAAAUACAGGAAACAGGUCUAGUCUUCAAUCCGACGAGUUUGGUUCCAUCUGUUCGAUUUCAGACGUCACAGAUUCUAAAGAAAGUGAUUGUAAAUCUAAGGAGGACUCUGAUAGCUCGAGCGCGGUCCCGCGGCCCGGCAGCCCGGACGCCGUGGCGCACAUCCUGACCACGGCCGCACGGGUCGUCCGCGCAGAGGCCGCCUCUAACCAUGCCACCCCCAACGACUUGAAUUUCUCCAUGACAACCAUGAACCCAGAAACAUCUUUACCGGAACAAAAUACUUCAGACUCCUUUUAUACCAAACCAAAGAAAAAGUCCCCAGAGCGAGCCCGAAUAAAGUCUCCGUAUGAGAAUAAAUCCCUUAUUUUAGAGGAAAGAAGAAGAAGGAGACUGUUGGAAGUUAAAGAACGACGCGAGAGAAAGAAAAUCUCUUCGAACGAAAACAGCAAAGUGGCUAAACAUAAGGCUUUUCCUCAGGCGGUUAGUUCGGUCACCAAAUUAUCCAUUACGAACAAAGCCUUUUACAACUCUAUUUAUGGAAGCAACGGUAAUGUUGAGAGCAAUAAGAGAAAGUCUUCAAUGACACUCAAUAUGAACACGCGCAAGGGAGCGCAGAAGAUAGACGAAGAGAUCGAAGAGUCUGAGGAAGAUGUAGACGGAGAGGUAGCGCUGCCGGACAAAACUCUUAAAAAAAUUACUAAAGGCCACUUCUUAGAUGAUACUGAAACGGAAAUGUCUUAUCUGCAAAGUAAACAUGACAGCGACUUCCUGCGAAUCUCGACGUCGACGUCAGUAAACUCCAAAGAAUCCAUAACCAACUUUAAUUCUCAGUCAGAAUGUUGUUCCCCGCUUAUAAGCGUCAAAGUUAAUGAACAAGAGUUGACAACUGUAGAAAAGCAAAGGUUGACGCACGAAAUAGAUAUUCUAAAACCUAAAGACACAUUAAAUAAAGAGUCCACAGAAACAUCAGAAGUGCACAACGAUAAAGCGCCAGCAUUAGAAUGCCGCCGCAGUCUGGAGAAGAUAUACACACUGAUGAAGAAACUUCAGCAGAUCGAAACCAGUGAAACGACGAAGAAGAAGGCACAAUCCAGCGAAUCGAGGGGAUUAAUAAGUGAAAGCGGUUCUAGUCUCAAACGACGAGUGUCUUUUAGCAAUCCAAAAUUGGAAAAGCUCACAGAUCGGUCAGAAAAAGCUAAAGAAAGAUGUGAUUCUCCUACAGCUGCCGUGCCUAAAGUCAUUAUUAGCGUGAAACCACAAACAAAACUUGACGAGAAAAACCGUAGCAAGGCGAAACCUCCACGCGCUAUCAAGAUGAUACCUGAAAACCCCUUAAAAGCCAUAUCCCAAUUACUCCACGAUAUUGACAACGUGCAAAAGUCCAGACCGAAAAUUGCAGAUCCAAAAUCUAUCAACCGAUCGAUAUCAACUGAAAACGAGGAGCUAGUGAAAAUACAGAAAAGACGGUCGCGGAUCGGGUCGCCGGCAAUAGAAGAACAGAAAGUUACGGCCAAAGUGAAAACGCGAUUUGUGAGGGAGGACAAGCCAGAAGUUGUGAAGCCUCAAGUGCUGGAGAAAAAGAUAAAUGAUAUGAUAGAUGAAGCGAAGGAGGCGCGAGGCGAGGCGGUGCGCGGCCCGGCGCGGUUCAGCUCGCGGCUCAACGCGCUGGCGCAGCCCAAGCGGGCUUACGUGCAGGCGCGGGGCGAGGAGCUGCCCAAGCGACAGAACCCUGACCAAGUGCAGCGGCCGGGCUCCCGCACGCGACGCCGCACCGACCGCCGCCUGUCUCCUGGCUCCGUCAGAGCGCCACACUCCUCCUUAGAGCGUACCACCAAGCCGCGCCGCUCCACCGCCAGCAGCCCCGAGCGACGCUGCCGGGGCUCCCCACAGUUUGGCACGCUCGCCGUCGCCGCCGCCGACGUACUACAGACAAUAAAAAAGAAGGUGGCAGUGGAGCCGGCAGGCGGUCGCUGCAUCGCAGAGCGAGUUGCGUUUACCCGUGCGCCGCUGCUGCCCUGCGACGUAGAACUAUCUUCGGAGACUUCAUGUGCCACGGAUGAUGCUCAGUCCAGUUCUAUCGGCCUCAAACUGCACCGGAUGGUCACCGACAUGCUCCGCGCCUCGCGACCUUCACCCGCCGCAGCAGACGUCAACCGCCGUGUCGGGGACCCGAGCCCGCCGCUCGCCGCCACUGCCUGCGGUGUGGAACCCAAACAAACUCAAAUCAUCACAGAGGAAAUCUUUGUAGAAAAUACCGCCAUUGAAGAAAUCUUUACAGCUAUCAACGAUCCAAGUUAUAGGUUUGAAAAUGCAAAACUAGUCACACCGGCCAACUCCGUCACAGAGCUCGAGGAGCUAGAACACGCCCUACACCGCAGCCUGUCGUCCGGGACGUUCGCCGGCCGCCUGCGCAUCAACAAGCUCACACUCUCGCCCCGGUCCUCCCUGCAGCGAGUCGUUAUGCACCAAUCUGGAGACACCACUCUUGUCCUCAAAUCGCAUUUAACCCAAAAAAUACAAGGUACUUGCCAAUCGUCUGAUCAGGAAUGUGAUUUAAUAGGGAUACUAUCGAAGACGCGGUUAAACUACGGAUUUUCUGGAUUCCCGUUACAAAUAUCUACCGUCGGCUAUGCUUUUCCUACUUUUAAAUAUGAAACAAAGAACAUAAUGCCUAGAAUAGUUCACACAGACAUGUUUGAUACGUCAGCUACGGGGACAUCUUGCACGGAUAGCAAGGAUACUGUGCUGGAGAUCAAAGCUGAAGAACGAGGAAUAAGAACGGACCAGGAAUGUAUCACCACACGAGCUGUCGCUGCCGAAAAAAAUCUGGAAACUGAUAUCAGUUCAGUUUCAGCGGCGAUCGCAGAAAGUGGCAUUAAAGAAGUCACAGCAUCUCUUAACAAGAUAGAUGGUCAAUCUUCUGAUUAUACUUCUUCUUUUGACAUCUUGGUGGGACUUCUGAACGAGAUUCAAAAAAUUACGACAUGCGGGAGCGACGCGACCAGCGCGCAAGCACUAGAAAGUAUUUCGAGUGAGUCGAGUCCAGAAGAUAGCGCUGCCGACCGUUCCGACCCUUCUAGCUCCGGAGACGCAGUGUCCAAUUCCUGUAAGAGCAGCGAUGACCCACUUGGGAGCCCGGAAACGAAAUCGGUUAGCGCUGAAGCUGUAGAAUUGAAGCCGGUGUGCGAAGACAAGGAAGUAUUGGCUCGAAUCGCGCCCGAACAGGUCGCCGCUAGCACAUCCCAACAGGCUGAGUUCUCAAACGGUAUCGAAACAUCCACUUGCACAGACUUACCAACCUCGAGUUAUUCCGUAUCGGCUUUCACUCACUCUGAAUAUUGUGACAUAGCCUGUAACACAUUGAUGCAAUCCGGCGAUAAAAUUACAGUGCAAAUGGGAAUGGAAACAAAUCGAACCUCCGUCAAAUCACUAGUGCCCUAUUAUAAUAAUAUUUUUAAGGUCGAAAUGCAAAACGAAGCAACACUCUUGCCUCUCACACAUUCAGUAGCUACUGGAACUAAAAGAAAUGUAGCUGCCGUCUGUAACAUUUUGGUAGACAUUGCUCCAGUCCAAAAAAGCAAAAGAAUUCUGGAUAAGCGCGAGGUAGUAAAAAUUGUAAGCGACCAAAAAGAGGUAAACAAAUUUAGUCUGAAUGUUGGCGAAUUGGAUUCCACGCUCAAAGUGAAAAGGGACAUUCUUGUGACGUUUUAUUCCAUAUUGGUGUUAACUGUCUUUGCUGCCCUGGCGUUUCCGGAGAUGUUGCAGUACGCGUAAUGUAAAUAUGUAUGUCGGAAGCUACAGCGUAAACAUAAAUUAUGGAAAUUUGUUGUCAUGAUUAGGUUUGUGUAGAAUUUAUUUAUUUAUUUAUUGAGCCGUAAAAGUUAUUAUAAUAAC